GAGCUGCAUGCCAUCCGUGUAGCAACGUCGUCGAAGCACAGGAGAAAGACAGAGAGAAACUUCGUUAGGCCGUUGUGCUAAGAAAUUUAGUCUCUCUCUAUCUCUCUCUCUCUCGCGCGCGCGCGCAAUCCGUCGGCUUCAUCCUCUUGGUUGGGCGAUGUGAAGAUGGGAAACACCCCGUCGAAACCCCCUGGUCAACCAGCGCAAGGCCCCUCGGCGCAAUGGAACGACAGGAAAGUGAACAGAAGAACGUCCAUCCAGGCAUUGUCGGGGAGCAAAUCAGCAGCUGUCGAUCCAUCGGCUUCAAAAGAGAGCGCAACCGGUCAAUAUUCUCAACGGCAGCAAACGCCGGUUCAUCAGAGGCUACAGUCACGCAACAUCGCCGAGUCGGCAGGUCGAGGUUACGAUAGGUUGGAACGACGCAUCUCCCGGAAGGAACGUGAAGAUGAUACUCGAGAUUUUCCUAUCCACCCAAAGCCGUCCGACACUCCUGAACCAGCAAGAGCCGUUCAAGUCCCGACUCCAGCGUCAUCACAGCAGUAUCCAUAUGUAGGCGGAUAUGGACCGUCUGUAAACACCUACUAUGCUACCCCUUCACACCUCUCACGGCCCCCACGGCUUCCUCUGCCGAUUGGCGAUGCGAUGUCGGUCCCUGGAUCACCAAUCACAGCCAGUGGCUCAUUGGGUGCAACGGCCGCUUUUGAUAGGGCCGGAAUCUACCCUGACAAAUCAGGUUUGAGUGAUACUGCUGAUGAUGACGAUGAAGUUGUGGAUGAGCUGGAACCAUUUGUUACCACCGGCCUAAACAAGGCCGUAUCGACGACUAUCGAGUGGAGAGGUGGUGGGGAGAAGGUAUAUGUGACAGGAACCUUCGUAAAUUGGGCAAGGAAAUUUAAACUAUACAAGAGCGAGGUUGAAAACGGCUUGUUUUCGACUACUCUCAAACUUCGUCCAGGGACGCACCAUCUUAAAUUCAUUGUAGAUGGUGUUAUGAGAACUUCCGACAGCCUUCCCACUGCCGUUGAUUUUACCAACCACCUGGUCAACUACAUUGAAAUAAGCCCUGAUGAAAUGCCAGCUUCCCGGGGAAGUGAUAAGCCUCCUAAAGUUGUGAUUCCACCAGGACUUUAUCCCCCGCAGGUGCUUCCCGACUCUUUACCCGUAGAAGAACCCGAAAAGGAGCCUGAAGAAGAGAUACCCCUCGGUGAUUUCCGUACAAUUAUUCCACCGGUCCUCAUCGAUAUAGAUACGGAAGAAAGCACACCGGGCUAUACACAAGCCGCGAACAUCAUAAAUGAUUUUCCUGCCCCACCGAUGCUGCCAAUGUUCCUCGGCCGAUCGAUAUUGAACAGCUCCACGCCCAUGAAAGACGAUAACAGCGUUCUGAAUUACCCGAAUCACACUGUCUUGAACCAUCUUGCGACUAGUAGUAUAAAAAAUGGUGUCCUAGCCACGAGCGUGACGACAAGAUACAAAAGAAAGUAUGUGACAACCAUUUUGUACAAACCCACCGGCCAUGAAUAAACCUUCCCACUUGCUUGGGAAGGCUGGUUCUGCAUUGCGGGCCUGUACACAUACACACACCUUACACAAGCUGUCGUGGUACCAUGGCAUAUCCUUGGUUCCAUCGAGGGUGCCAUGUCCCUCGCCAAGCCAACAUGUGACGGGCCAAAUUGAAUUGGGUUCAUUUUCCCGCUUUUGUUUAUUAGCUAUGGUGGCCAAGUUAAAUACAGCGGAGGCAAGCUGCCCUCUCUCACGUCCAAAAAUUCCUUUUCAAUAUUUUUCCCCAUUAGCGGUUUGAUGAGACUGCCUUGAUCUAUUGAGCGACACCUUUAUUUCAUCGAAGCGAAUUUUUUCGGUUCUUUGCGUUCUUGGCGGGACAUUCACAUGUCUUAAGCAUGUCCUCUGGUGGAGGUUACAGGCAAUCCAAGGUGUUAAAAGUUUUAUGAUGCAUUUAGAAGAAGGGUCGAAGAAUCCCCUUCUAUAUGAGUUCGGAUUUUAGGAGGCGGUUCCGAAUUUCAAUCUUCCCCUAGCCUUCGGAAAAACACGGCUAGAUGAUGUACGUUAUGGGACUGGAACAAAGUAACGAAAGC